UGCUUCCUAUCUGUAUAAGUAAGGCAGGAAGACAGUGACAGAGGAAUCUUGUGUCUGUUGAUAAAGGCGGGCAGAGAGAGCGCGAGAAAAAGUGCGUGAAUGUGUGAAAGAGAAAGAGAGAGAGAGAGAAUUAUGACAGAUAGUGAUAAGAGGGCACAGGUAAAUUGAAUAACACAUUUGCUUUUGGAUUUAGUGAGCAUAUAAAGUGGCUGAUCUUUUUUUUCAUUGUUUGUCUUUUCCAUCACUUCCUGUUCACUAGCGUUCUCUGAGUCUUUGAGGGCUGGGUGGAGGAUGCAAGGGAACGAAAGUGUGCAAGUUAAGGCAGAGAUAGAGAUGUCAAGCAGAUCAUGCACAAGAUAGGGGAGGAGGGAGAGAGGGAGAGAGAGAGCGAGAGAGAGAGAGAGAGAGAGAGAGAGGGAAGUGAAGUAGUGUCAGUAGUCAGUAACAUCUGAGCUGUGAGUCAUAAGAAAGCUGGGUCUGCAAGUUGGGAGCUGUAGAAAUUCACCUGGAGAACAGUCAGACAAAGGAAGUCUUGGUGUGAACGUGUCUCUAUGUAUAAGUGUGACAGUGGCUCCAGGAGCAACUCAGAGAGGAUUAUCCCCACUCCUUCCUAGCGCUCAAAAAUGAAGGAUGCCAUCACCGGCGUCUUCGCAGACUUCUUUUGUGAGUACGAGACUCCCCGGCAGGUACUGGUGAGAAGCAAGAGGGUGGGGGUCGUGUGCCGCCUCAUCCAGCUCGGGGUCCUGGCUUACAUCAUUGGGUGGGUUUUCAUCUAUGAGAAAGGCUACCAGAUUGAAGACACUGCUAUUGGUUCUGUCCUCACCAAGAUGAAGGGAGUAGGCUACACUACUGAGGGUGAACAAAAGCGGUUGUGGGACGUGGCAGACUACGUCUUUCCUGCGCAGGGGGAUGCAUCAUUCGUGGUGAUGACUAAUUACAUAAUCACCCCGAGGCAGAAACAAGACAAGUGCCCGGAGCUUCAAGAUGGCAAGCAUCGAUGCAGCUCGGACAAAGACUGUGAAGUGGGAUUCAGACGUACAGGAAGUGGCCAUUCAGUAGAGCUGAAGCAUGGAGCUGCAUGCUGUUUUGUUGAGCCCCUGGGAUCUAAUUUGAGGCAUAUGACAGGGAAGUGUGUCAAUGAUACAAGAACCUGUGAGGUCUUUGCCUGGUGUCCUGUAGAAGACGACCGCAAUAUUCCAGAUCCCGCGCUGCUGUUGACAGCGGAGAACUAUACCCUCUUCAUUAAAAACUCUGUCACCUUCCCUCAGUUUGAUGUUGUCAGGAGCAAUCUUGUUGAAGGUGUGGAUAAUAACUACAUCAAAAAAUGUCUCUACCAUCCGACAGACGACCCUCUAUGCCCCAUCUUUAGGCUGGGAGAUAUAGUGAAGCUGUCUGGCUUCGACUUCUUGCACAUAGCAAGAGUGGGUGGGGCAAUCGGCAUCCGAAUUGAAUGGGUCUGUAAUCUGGAUUACAACCUGAAACACUGCAAACCAAAGUACCACUUCCAUGGUCUCUAUGGUAGCGCAAGUGAGAAGGACAAGGCCAGGGCUUCUGUGGGCUAUAACUUCAGGCAUGCUAAAUAUUACAUGGAAGACAAAGUGGAGGAGAGAACCCUAAUGAAAGUGUUUGGUAUCCGCUUCAACGUCAUUGUUCGCGGACUGGCAAGAAAAUUUGAUAUCAUUCCAACAUUGACCGCAAUUGGGUCAGGAGUAGGGAUCUUUGGAGUGGCAACUGUUGUAUGUGACCUUGUGCUUUUGUAUGUAUUGCCCAAGAGACAUUUCUACCACAACUUGAAAUUCAAAUCAACAGUCAUGGAACAUGAGGUAAAUGGCAGUGAGUCAUCUGAAAGAACUGUGCCUAUGGCAGACAGAGACACCAAAGAACCACCUCCGAUAACAGUGAAGGAGUGACUGCCGACGCUUAAAUCUUCAGCCUUGCUGCCGUGACAACUGACUGCACUGAAAACACUGGAGUAGAUUAUGCGCAUUGGGGUCAGUUGUUUUCACAAACUGGCAUUACAUGCCAGCAGACUUGGCACUGUACCACGUAAAAUGUCCCAUGAAUUAUUACAUUUCCAUGUUCAGCUGACUCUUUUGCAGUACGUGACACGAGACUGUAGUAUCUCAGUAUACUGCAUGUGUGGUCUGGGAAUCUCAUCCUGUCCCCUGCACUAUGUGAACAACAUAGACUUUCAUCAACACUGUCAUCUUGUAUUUAUGAUGUCCUGUUUUCUACCCUUCAAAUAAACACCAGAUUUUAAUGGAAUUUUUUCUCGGUUAUAUUGCUGUGGGAGGAAGGGAUGUUGGGAUUGGACCCUAUAGCACACAACUGUGUAUAUAUGGCCAUUCAUUCAGAUAUGCCUUUGGGCUGGGUAGUGUUUGAUUGGUUAUUGCUGUCCAUACACGUGAUCGUAUACAUGAUCUGUUCAAAUGAGAUCUCAUACUACUGUCCACAUCACUAGUGCUUAUGAGAGUUGUACAAAUUAAACAAAUGAUUUCACAAAAA